AUGGGGAAAAAGAAGAACAACUCCAAGGCGCCCGGCAGGCGGCAGGCGGCACCAAGAAGGCGGAGCGGACGCAUAGGAUGCCGUGCGCGGGCUGGCGGGACUUGCACCUACCAAGCGGCGGCUGGUGGCUCAGCUUCCUCCGGGUGCCUGUCCCGUCCGUGCCUCCGCGCGAGCCAGAGAGGAGCGCCGAGAUCCGACGCAGGCGGCGGUACCUGCCUCCGAACCUCCGCGCCGAUCUCACCUAGCCAUCGACUACGACGAGCGCUCGAGGACUCAGGCCCGCAACCGGUGCAACCAUCGCCUCCACCUCCGCCCUACAACCCGUGGGCAGCCCCACUUUCACCACCGGUGUGGGCUGCUCAACCUCCACCACCGGUGUGGGCUGCUCCACCUCCAGCACCACCGACGGCACUGGCGUAUGUUCUGCCGCCGCUUGCCAACUGGCUGUUCCCGAUACUGGAGCUCGUCGUGAUCGAGGACGAGUAG